AUGUCCGGAAAUUGUGUUAUCGUAACAGAUACUUCAAUCAGCUCCAAAGAGGUCAGGCACACCUCUGAUAAAAACCUAGAAAAGAAAGUACCAUGGACGGCUGCAUGGAUAGCGGAAAGGCUGAGAGACCAAAAGGAAGAAAGAUCUAUUGGUAUCUUAAAUAGCUGGACCCAUAAAAAACAAGGAAAAGAAGUAACUGCAGAGUUAAUCAAAGAAUUAAACGCUUUACCAAUCCACAAAACGGUAUUAGCAUUGGAAGAAUUGAGAAAGCCUAAACAGUUCAUUAGAGGCACUCAAGAAAACCAAAUGAACAUUACCUGCAGACUUACAAACCUCGGAACGCAUCAAUCAACGACGAUAGAUGCAUUAUUAGACAGCGGCUGUACCGGAAGUUGCAUACAUUCAAGAUUUGUUGAGGAACAGGGAUAUAAAAGGCAAAGAAUCCCUAGACCAAUUCCAGUCUAUAAUGCUGACGGCACCCUUAACGGGACGGAAGCAUCAAAGAAUUUAUGA